AGUAUGAUAAUGGUACUUCUUACGACAUUAUCGUCUCGAAAAGUUAGCAGAAACAACCAAAAAUGAUUCACGAAAAGUUUUGUGUUUGGAGCUCGGUUUUGAGUAUAGAUAAUUUUUUAUAAUUUUCAAUUUUGAGUAAUAUGGAUAAAAACGUUGAAAAACUACGUGAAUAUUUAUGCACGAUAAGAAAGGAAUUGACCUGUUAUCAAUGCAAAAAAAUCUGUAUUGAGCCAUGGAGAAUUAGUUGUGGACACAACUUCUGCAAAAAAUGCAUCCAAGAUUUGAGAAAUUUGGGCCGCAAUUGUCCAAGAUGCGUUCUACAACCAAUUACACGCCGAGGUGUUAGACAAAAUGAGGAAUUGGAAAAAGUGAUUAUUCAGUUUCACAACUUGGAAGACGCUUUUCAAGUUGACACGCAAUUCAAUGUUACCCAAGACGGGUUUGUACCUUCGCACAUUAUCUAUGGGUCAAAAAGUUUUGAGCACAGUCUCCCCAAGUCUCCGUUAAAUAAUAUAGGACCAACAUCGGGACCAGACUCUAACGUAGCGCAUGGGAGAAAAAACAGUGUUCCAGAAACUGAGUAUUUUCGAAGAUACAAGAGUUUGACUUUUAGGAAGGAUCGAAUUCUCAGUGACAAAUCGCCAACUAGGAAUAGUGAAAGAAAUUCUGUCGAAGAUGAAGUUGGUGGUUUUCAGGGUGAAGAAGAAGAUCUGAGUCUUUCCCAUCAUACAUCUGAGCAUAAGAGACUUCUUACUGAGGAGAAAGAAUUCAGAAAAGUAGCAGAUGAUGAGGAACAGGAACAGGGUAAUGAAGAGGAGCAGAAUGUUACAGAAGAACGAAGUCUUAGAUUUUCAACUUACGAACCUUCUCAAACGGAAUUUGAUGAAAGUCUUGGAAAAAAAAGUGAAGAGGAGCAGAAUGGAUCAGAAGUACGAAGCCUUAGACUUUCAAGUUACGAAACUUCCAGAAUUAAAUCUGAUGAAAGUCUAAAAGAACAAAAUGAAGAAGAGCAAACUGUUGUAGAAGAACAAAGUUUUAGACUUUCAAGUCAAGAAGCUUCUCGAAAUGAAUCUAAUGAAGGUCUUGAAGAACAAAGUGAAGAAGAACAGAAUGGAUCAGAAGUACGAAGCCUUAGACUUUCAAGUUAUGAAACUUCCCGAGUUGAAUCUGAUGAAAGUCUUAAAGGAAAAUAUGAAGAAGAGCAGAAUGUUGCAGAAGAACGAAGUCUUAGAUAUUCAACUCACGAACCUUCUCAAACGGAAUCUGAUGAAGACCCUGAAGAAAAAAAUGAAGAGUGCCAGAAUGUGAUAGUAGAGCGAAGUCUUAGACUUGCAAGUCACGAAACUUGCCGAGUUGAAUCUGAUGAAAGUCUUGAAGAACAAAAUCCAGAGGAACAAAAUAUUGCAAAAGAACGAAGCUUUACACUGUCAAGUCACGAAGCUUCUCGAAGUGAACCUGAUGGUCUUGAGAAACAAAAUGAAGAGGAGCAGAAUGGGUCAAAAGAAAGAAGUCUUAGCCCAUCAAGCCACGAAGCUUCUCGAACUAAAUCUGAUGGCCUUGAAAAACAAAAUCCAGAGGAACAAAAUAUUGCAAAAGAACGAAGCUUUACACUAUCAAGUCACGAAGCUUCUCGAAGUGAAUCUGAUGGUCUUGAGAAUCAAAAUGAAGAGAAGCAGAAUGGGUCAGAAGAACGAAAUUUCAGUCUGUCAAGUCACGAAGCUUCUCGAACUGAAUCUGAUAAAAUAAGUCUUGAAGAACAAAAUGAAGAGGGGCAAGGCUCACGUCAUGAAUCUGAUCAAGUUGAAUCUGACGAAGAUGAACAGACUGAUUUUCUAGAAGAAAGUCUGAGAUCUUCAAGUCACAUUUCUGAUGAAAUAGAACCCUACAAAGUAGAAGAAAUUUCAGUUAAAAAGGAUUUUUCUUCGGGCAAUGAACUUCACACACAAGCUAUGAAUAUAAAACCUCUAGAGAACUUUGAAAUAUCUGAUUCAAAUUUACAUAAGAGUAAAAGAUUUAAUCCAUUUCCUGGAUUGGCAAAAACUACUUCGCAGUCCAAUGUAGAAACUAAACCUCUCGAAGAAUCCAUAAUAUUUCUAGAAUCUGCAGUUGCUGAAAAGAAAUCUUCAAAUUUAAAUGAAACCGUUGUUCUAAUUUCUCCUCCUACGUUUAAUUCUCAAAAUUCCCACAAAAUAUUUGACAGGAAGCGAAUGACACUUGAUCGAGUUUUAACUCCUUCAAAGGCAGCUAAACUAAAGAAAAUUAGGAAAAGGGUGCUUUUUCUUUACUGUGGGAAACUAAAUCGUCAUUAUAAGUCCUUGGUGGAUAAAGAUAUUGUGACAAUAUUGUCACCAGGUGAGAUAAAAAGUAAUCUCGCAAAGAAGAGUCCGAUGAAUCGAAAUUUAUUAGAUUUCGGUUUCAAGAGAUUGAGAGGGAAUUUUAACCCGAAUUCUUCAAAGAUAAACGAGAAUUCGCUCUUGGGAAAAAGAAAAAUAUCUGUUUCAGAAGCAAAAAAUGUCGUCAAGAAUUUGACAUUGGAUAAAGGAACUCAGAAUUUAGAUGAUGUUUUUUUGAAUCACAGUGGUACAACCGAAGAUCUCAGUGAUUUUCGAAAUAAAUUGGAGAAUGAUUUGAAUAAACAAAAACCGUCUGGUAAUUCUAGAAAUAGAUCUAUUAUUUCUGAAUCUGAAUUGACGACUGAGAAGUUAAGCGCAAGACAGAUAAGAUUGGAAAAUCAAAAAGCUGGUAAGUUCCUGAAUUUAGAGUUCAACAAGAGAAACAGAGUAGAAGAACAAAAUCAGCUUAAGGCUCAGCUCUUUUCUUAUGAAAUGAAAACAGCCCAAAUUUUUCCACAGCUAUUCGUAAAUAUAAUUGAGGAUUCUGAUCAAAGACCAAUAGAGCAAUUAAGAGCUUCUUCUGAAGAUGAUAUGUGUGAAUCCUUCCAUAUCGAGAAAUUUUUGGCUUUUAAGAAAGAAAGCCAGGAUGCGUGUACUUUCGAAAAUAGAGGAGAUGAUCGCGUAGACGAAAAAUUAAUUUUCCUGUCGGACGGCUCACAAACUCCGAAGGAGUCAUUAUUUUUGCAGAAUAAAAAUGAACCAAGUGGAGUCAUCACCUUACUGGCUGAUGAUGAUGAUGAUGAUGAUGAUGAUGAUGAUGAUGAUGAUGAUGAUGAGGAUUCUUCAAAAACAGAGGAUUAUUUAGCGCUACCAGUAAAGCAGGAACAUUCAACCCUUUCGGAUGAAUCAGACACCAACAUAAAAACAUCACGAAGAGUUCGGCGUACAAAUGAUAAUUCUUUGGGCUGGAGGAUAAAAAAGAAGAUCGCUAAGAAAUAGGAUCACUGGAAUGAAAACAUUUUUUUUUAUGUAUGAAUUUUAAUCAUUAAUAUAGAACUUGAAUAUCUCAGGACAUUUCCUCAAAAAUUAGAAAAUAAAGAGUUGAAAUUUGAGAAUAAAAACCAUUUUUCUCAAUUAUACAUAAAUACUAAAUAAUUAGGUAUAUUUAAUAAAAUAAUUUGAUUUAUUGCAGAAGACUGAAAAGUUAGAUUGUGGAAACGCGUCUCUAAUAGAAUCUGGUCACAUUUCUGCAAAACAAUUAUGCACUUUAAUUUAGCACUUUUAAUUUAUAGCAAAUGUUAAGCGUUAAAAAUAUUUAACUUCUAUUGUUCAUGUAUAUUUUAAAUAUUUAAAUAAAUAACCUUCGUUUGGUGCCUUAGAAAGCACUAAAGAUGGAAGCUUCAAUCGUUUGUUAAUUAAGUUUUUGUUAUUUAAAAGUAACAGUGACCUUAAUUUUUUUGUAUUGAUAAUAAUAAAUUAUGUGUUUGUUACUCUU